AUGAGGCUCCGGAGAUGCAGCGGCCUCAAGCAGAAAGUCGCACCGCAGCAUUACCACUUCAGCAGAAUUCCACAAGACCUUGGUCAAUCAAAUGCGCAUGCAGCGUCGUCAGUGCAACGGAAACAUGCAGGUGCUGAAGCUGUGGUGGACGGCAUUGGUGGAGCGGAGACAAGAAAAUCGCUGCCGAAGGCUGCUGCUCCUGGGUUGGACGAGGCGAAUGGCACCACUUCAAAUCCCUCAUCGGCACGCAUUUCCGUCAAGCAGGAAAGGAUAUCCCUUGUGCUGAGCGACACAGUUCGACACUUCAUAUUCACUGCAGUUCAGCCAAGUGAACGAUUACGCUUAUCGAACAUCAUAAGUCGUUUGGGAGGAAUUGCGGAUUCUGGUGAAUUGAGCGAUGCUUGUACUCAUCUGAUCUGCGGAAAACUAGUAACCUAUCUGUCCCUCUUCGCCCAACCAGUUGAGGAGUUGCGAAUGCUGGUGAGUGUUGGCGCAAAAGUCUUCUCACUUGAGUACAUAGCAAAAUUCUUACUCGAAGAAAAUGUGGAUGAAACCUCGUCCUAUCAUGCUGACUACAAGAAGUUCCUGCAGUAUCGCAGAAAAUGA